GCAAACAUGGAAAGAAUUAUGAAAGCUCAAGCCCUAAGAGACAACUCGACGAUGGGUUACAUGGCAGUGAAGAAACACCUGGAGAUAAACCCUGACCAUUCCAUUAUCGAGAUCUUAAGGCAAAACGCAGAGGCUGACAAGAAUGACAAGUCUGUGAAGGAUCUGGUCAUCCUGCUUUACAAAACUGCGUACUUAUCUUCUGGUUUCAGUCUGGAAGAUCCCCAGAAACAUGCUAACAGGAUCUACAGGAUGAUGGGUAUUGAUGAAGAUGACCCUACUGCUGACGACACCAAUGCUGCUGUAACUGAAGAGAUGCCACCUCUUGAAGGAGAUGACAAGACAUCACGCAUGGAAGUAGACUAA